AUGGUUGAUCGAUCAAUAGAAAGCGUAAUAACUACAACAAUAUCGUCACCAUCGUCAUCAAAAACAGUCGAAUCAAUAAUAUCAUCAUCGUCAUCGCCCAAAAAAUAUUUAUCUUUUGAACAAAGUUGUGCUAAGAUACUGAUGCAAAGAUACGGUCCACAUUUAUUUCAUGUUGCAAAAAUAAUAUUUUUGGCUAGAUUUAUGCAGUUACUACUUCAUCAUUAUCGUAAUCGUAAUCAUCGAAAGUAUCUACGUUAUGAUGAAGUUGACGAUGUUAAUGAUGAAUUGAUUGAUGAAUUGAAAAUUUAUCAAAAAUGGACUUUUUUAAAACCUUUUAUAUUUUAUAUUUAUAUAUUUUUAUUAUACAAGUAG